UCGGGGGCGCGCCGGGGACGCCCGGAGGGCGGUGGCUCUCUGACCCGGCGGCUAUGAAUAAAUGGCCGGGAGGUGCUGGCGGCGCGAUGCUGGGCUCUCCCGCGGACUCGGACCGGCCUCGGCCGUCGCUCGGAUCCUGUUUUCCUCGUCCCUUUGGCCUUGUCCCCCGCGGCUGACCGCGGACAGGGAGACAGCUCUUGGUCUCUGCCACCUUCCGCUCCCCUCUGCGGCUGCGCAGGCCUCAGACGAGGGCCAGGUUACAUUUCACUCUGUCAUCUGUGUUUUGGACAUUUUCUCAUAAUGGAGUUCCCUGAUUUGGGGAAGCAUUGUUCAGAAAAAACCUGCAAUCAGCUAGAUUUUCUUCCGUUAGAAUGUGAUGCAUGUAAACAAGAUUUCUGUAAAGAUCACUUUACCUGUGCUGCACAUAAAUGUCCCUUUGCAUUCAAGAAGGAUGUUCAGGUGCCAGUGUGCCCACUUUGUAACAGCCCCAUCCCAGUAAAAACGGGAGAGGUCCCAGACGUGGUGGUCGGUGAGCACAUGGAUGGAGCUUGUAAGCACCACCCCGGGAAGAAGAAAGAGAAGAACUUCAGGCGGAAUCGGAGCCGCCACCUGUGGUCACUUCUCCAUCCUCAACUAGAGUCUAAGGAGACUCGGGUUGGACAUGGCCCGUGGCAGCUGGUCCACUCCUCGGACUGGAGACUCUCGGAGCCCUGCACGCGUCCCCAGGCCCAGCCCAGCACUGCACGCUCCCUGGGGCCUCCGGGUUUAUUUGGGUGGUUUCCCUAGGAUGCGGGCUGCGCUGCCCCCUGCUGUCUUGGCCUUUAGAGCUUAUCUCCAGGGCACUGGCUUCUGACCACCUUACCUCACGGUUUCUGUACGUUACACUAAAUACAGAACAAAUGCAAUUAUGACAAAUAACCUGGAACAGGAGAGGGUGAAGUCUGUCCCUGAGCUUCCAGCCCAGACCCUCUGAUUGGAGGCCCCCCCCCGACCCCUUCCUGGCCCGUCUCCUCCAGCCCGUUGCUGCUGCUCAUGUUUGCCAUGCCUCCGAGCCUUCCGGAAGCUUCGGUGACCAGGCCCUCCUCCCUCCUGGCUCCACCCUCACUUCCCCACCGCGCGCUGCCCCUCCUCGUCUUCCGGGCUCCACUGGCACCUGCACUGUUUCCACGCACCCGGGUCACUCGCCCUUCUUGGCCAGAGGGCUGCCCCCCAGCUGCCGGACCCCUCCUCCCUGACACCGUCACCCACACAGAGUCGGAAGUGCCCGGGAGUUUAUAUCACCGCAAAGACCCCGCAGUAACUAACGGCUGUGCCGGCUCCCCUGCCCCUGACGGGACACAGCCUGCGCCAGCUCCCCCUAGGGCUGUGCGCCACGCCUCGGGCCUGGCCUCCUUCCCUCCCGUGUCCCCGUCCCCUGCCCCCCGUCUUGUUCUUUUCCUGCAGUACCCCCCCAAGCACCUCACAUGAGACCCCAACUUAAAAUGCCGCUUUUGUAUUUACCACUUGUUAAAACUUUUCUGUCUCCUAAACUAGUAUUUCCUUGUUUACCUGACAGAAAGACAUCUCAGCGAAACCCCGGUGCCUUCAUUCUGUUUAGCUAAGGACCGUUUCUAGUUUAAAUGCCGAUGGUCUCAUGGGGGGGCGGGGCUUGUCGAAUGAUUGCUCGGUGAGGCUGCUGGAACAUUGAAGCAACUUGUACUU